AUGGAUGAUAAAUUUGACAAAGAGCUUGAGGGCCUAACAGGCCGGUCCACUGUUUUCCUCUUGGGUUUGAUCAACCCAAAUGGUGAUGAACUCCCUAAUGGUGUUGAAGACGAGGUUGUAAGCAAGAGAAAGUUUGAAAUUCGCCAUUUCCUGGGAGCAUUCAGGGGCUUGGGCAGGACGUUGGAUAGUUUGUCGGGGGAAGAAGCAAAAGUCCUGGAUACUUUGGUGGGCAUGGACGAUUUUUCUGCAAAGUUCACGGCUUACCUUCCGUCUACUGCUGUUUCAUCGACAGAUACCUGUCAGAAGUAUUCGUUAUAUAGCAUCAUUCGUCCUUCCCUUAGCAUGGGGAGGCAGUCUACCUUUUCCUGGGUCCUUGGGUGA